GGCCGAGGCCUAAUCCUUAAAAACAAAUAAUUUGGUUGCAGAAAUAUUUAUUUGUUUACGGCCCAUUGAGACCUUCAUUAUAAUACCACACGAGUUACGAGCUUCGUCUUGUCGGAGUCGGAGAAGAAGCAGUAAGAUGUUCAAGAACACGUUUCAGUCUGGGUUUCUGUCUAUUUUGUACAGUCUAGGAAGCAAGCCUCUUCAGAUAUGGGAUAAAGAAGUUGUGGAUGGCCAUGUGAAGCGUUACCAUGAUGAUGAGAUCCAAUCCAAUGUGCUUGAAGUAGUUGGAUCUAACAUCCAGUCUACAUACAUUACAUGUCCUGCUGAUCUUUCCGCUACUCUUGGUAUCAAACUUCCUUUUUUGGUCUUGGUUGUGAAGAAUAUGAAGAAAUAUUUCUCAUUCGAGAUUCAAAUUCUGGAUGACAAGAAUGUGCGCCGCCGUUUCAGAGCUUCUAACUUUCAAGCUGUCACUAGAGUAAAGCCGUAUAUUUGCACAAUGCCACUCAAGAUGGACGAAGGCUGGAAUCAAAUCCAGCUUAACUUAGCUGAUCUUACUAGGAGAGCUUAUGGGACUAAUUAUGCUGAGACAUUGCGAGUUCAGAUUCAUGCCAACUGCCGCCUCAGGCGCAUAUAUUUUGCUGACCGUCUCUACUCAGAAGAGGAGCUUCCUCCGGAAUUCAAGCUGUAUCUCCCAGUGCAGAAAGCAUGAUUAGUUAAUUCCAAAGGCUUCCACCAUUGUCGUGGUACGCAAUUACACUGUUAUCUAUUUCAGAUAUGAGAGCUUUAAUUUCGCUUGUAGCAUCCCAUGUUAUUAGAAGUUUGCCAUACCUUGAGCUUGCUUUUGACUUAAUAUUCAUUGUGUUAAUGUUAAAUCUCUUACUGAAAGGGAAUCACAUACGCUUUAGAUUUUCAAUGUAUAUCAUACAUGAUC